AUGCGCCGAUCAUCCGUCCUAUCUCUUCCGUCGGCAGCCCACGACACCGGCCCCCCUCCUGUUCUGACGGCUUCGCCCGCGCCUGCCCGCGAAGGUCUUUCUUUCGUGUCCGAUACGCCCAGUCAGUCUUUCGCCUCUUUUCGCACACAACGAUCCCACCAAACGAGCAUCACAUCCCCACAAAUGCACAGUCCACACACCCACAGUGGCGCGGCCGACGAUGCGGAUGCGUCGUUCGCCAAAGACGGCACGCGGCCUUCGUAUCUCGACGUAUCAGCGCUAUCCCCACGCGAAUUCGAUGUGUACACGCGCUGGGCUUCGCGUAUCAAGCCGGCACAUUCCCGUCGCCAGGGCUUUUUGGACGAGCAUGCGGCUGUCAAGUUUUUGCGCUGUGAAUUAGGCAUCUCCGUGGAUCAUGAAGUACAAAUCUUGUCGCUCUUCGAGCGACUCCCGCUCGGUAUCAAGUACGGGCACUUUUAUGCUAUGCUACGCCUGGCAGCCUGGGCCCAACGAGGCCACGCUAUCACGCGCGAUCUGCUAUUCGUGCAGACGGAGCCUGCCGAAAGUCGCCGACGGCGCCGUGGACGGCCAUCAAGCACCUUGACGGCCGCGCCGAUGGCCGAUGCCGACAUGACGCCCAUGGUGACGGCCAUGCCCGUCUCUCUCGAAGUGCCCAAAGCCCCACCACGCCAACUCCCCGAUGAUCAUGAGCUGGUGCGACAUCCCAGCGGGUCCGACUUGGACCACGGAAAAGUGGUGUAUAGCCCACCUGAAUCGCACCUCGUGCGCCCGAUGCCCGUCGUGGCGCGACCGGCCACGAACAAGGCGCCGCCGCUGGACGACGCGGACGCACAGCGGCCUGAGCGCCCCCCCUUGAUGACCGAAUCACAUCCGCUGCUCCGCCCAUCCGCACCGAUGCCCCUGGCUCAGCAAGUAAGUCCUCUCAUCCAGGCUAGCUUGAACGCCCGCAGCCAAUUCAAAAAGGCUUCGCGCACGUCUCGACCCAAGACCUUCACUGUCUUGUCUAGCUCCAGUGGCCAAUUCCAGCGUGACAAGCCGCAUUUGCUCAAUGGAGAGGAAAUCUCGCCUCAUGCUCUCUCGCCUGACACCAAGCGGCGCUCCACGUCAGCGACCAAGCUCUCGUCCCUGAUUGCGUCGCAGGAUUUCAAGCCUGGCACGCCGCCACUGCGUGCUGGUAUGUCUGGUCAGACUAUCGCACCCAAGCCGUCGUAUUUUGGCCGCGAGCGUGGCGUGCUUCCCGCUUGGCUUCGCGAGCAGUAUGAAGAAGGCAAUGUGCUGUAUCCACCGCCUGACCCAGCUGAUCCCUCUGUCACGAGUGUGUACGAUGCCCUGGACAACAAGGCACACAAUACCAUGAAUGGGAGCGAACGCGCGGCAGCGAGUAUCAACCGCCACACACCCUUCUUCCCGCCUCACCGGCGUGAUCUCGAGCGUGCUGAGCUUACGACGCUGAGUGCGAAUGGACCGGCGCAGUACAAGAAACUCAACGAAGAGACGUCUGUCGGCAAGCGCACAUCGAAUGACUCGCUCACGCAGGAACGUGGUGCGAAGCUGCUCGGCAGUCGCUCGAAGAGCACACUGAAUACCAAGGGACGUCGCUUAGAGCAUAGUCCCAGCCAGAACUGGGGCACCCAGCUUGAGUCAGGCACCUAUGCUGGAUUCAAGUCGACGCCUUCUUCGCGCGAUCUGCGUCUGCAGCCGCUCGCGCGUGUCUCGGCCAAGAGGUCGUUCCAAAUUCGGCCUACACAAGAGUUCCAGCCCAUCUUGGCACCUCUGCCUACGGAGACGGCGGUGCACCAUGCGCAGGAAUCGACAGGCGAUACAGACAACAGGCCUCCAGCUCCACUCCGUACACAGGACGAUUUGCGUACGGAGUGGCUGCUCCGCGCCCAUGAUCUUCCUCCGCGUCUUACACGAUCUCACUCGCUGAAUAUGCGUCAGCCAGAGGUGCACCGCUUCAAGCUCCAGGGAGAUGCGACACGUUCGCAGCUGACGUAUAAGCACGAGCGUAAGCCGAGCGGAUCCAUGGCAUUUGGGACGCCCAUGGCUCGUCGUGUAUCGCAGAAACACAUGACCUCACAUGACGAGUCAAGUGCUGAGCGCGCUUCACGCCCUCUACCACAGGCUCCCGACGCGCCGCAUGAAUCCAAGCCUGAGGCUGCCGUGCCUUACAAGCCUCGCCAUGCAAGUGCUGCGAAACUCAAUGCCGUGAUUCGAAAGCACGAGGAAGACGAGGCUCGUCAAAAGGAGUCCAGCGCACCGCAAGAGGCGAUGACAAUGGAUCAUGCCAAGGACGACGAGCCCCACGAGACGAAGGAGGAGCCAAACGUGCCCCCAGAGCCUCCGGCACGCAGGGAGUCGGAAGAGCCCUCGACGGCCGACGAUCCCCCCACGCCCGGAGAUCUGAAUCAGCACGAGGAAGAAAGUCCGCCUUCCCAGCCUCCUGCUGAUCCCGUCGAGACGAGCACGACAAAAGAGGCAGCACCUCUCUCUGAUCGCGAGUCGUGA